AUGGAGGAACCUUCAUUUAAACUUCCUGAAAUUAUUGAUAAUGAUAAUGGUUGGGGUCCUUCACCUGUUAUGUUACCGGAAAAAUUUAGAGACAUACCAUAUGCUCCAUAUAGUAAAGCUGAUAAAUUAGGUCGAAUUGCUGAUUGGUCUACUCCAGAACAAAGAGAAAAAGAAUCUUCCGGAAGACAAAGAACAAAUUACAGAAAUUACCGAGAUCAGUAUACAGCCUUUGGUCAUGGUGUAUCAAAUGCUUUUGCUUAUGCUCAUGCUGAAGACGAAGCUUCAUUUUCAGUCGUUGAUAAUCGAUCUACUGCUCAAAAGAAAGCCUCUUCAUAUAGAACCACCGGUGGUACAAAAGGUCGAACAAGUGGCGCAAGAGGUCAAACUAAUCGCAACGUUAGAAAUGGUCAAUACCAAAGGCCCAACACACAAACUCGGAAUACACCCGGGGGUAGAGCAGCUCAAAAUGCGGUUCGGAAACGAUACGGCUGGAAAGAUUAUGAUAAGCCUCAACGUGCUAGAGAUGCUUCAGUCAAUGUGGGUCCGGAUUGGAAAGUUCUUGAAGAAAUUGAAUUUAAUUGGUUAUCCAAGCUUAAUUUAGAUGUAGAGAAUGUAGAAGACAUAUCUUUACAUGGCUUUUUAUAUUAUUAUGACAAAAAUUAUGAUCUUAUUCGUACCAAAUCAGAAAAACCAUUAAUCCCUAACGAUAAAGUUCGAUAUUUUGUAUCUACAUCUAAGGAUCCUAUUAUCGAUCAACUUGCAAAAGAUGAUACAGCUACCGUUUUCGCUACUGAUUCUGUUCUAAGUUUACUUAUGUGUGCACCUAGAUCUGUAUAUCCUUGGGAUAUUAUUAUUAACCGUGUAGAAAAUAAGUUAUUCUUUGAUAAACGGGAUACAGGAGUUUACGAAAAUAUCACCGUUAAUGAAAAUUCAUUUGAUCCACCACUUGAGACUGGGGACAAGGAUAAUAUUAAUUCUCCAAGUGCAUUAUCAAUGGAGGCAACCUUAAUUAAUCAUUAUUUUGCGUUACAAGUAGUUAAUGAGGUAAGAAUCGGUGAAAAAUAUGAACUUGAUAAACCUAAUCCAUUUAUAAGCUCUCAAGAGGAUAAUGAUAUGUUAGCACCAACUGCUUAUCGGUAUCGUAAAUUUGACAUAAGCAUUAAAGAAGAUGAGGACAUUUCAAUUGUCGUUCGUACACAACUAGAUUCAGUUGUGAAAACUUCGGGUGGUGAUUCUUCAUUAAUUACUAUUAGAGCUUUGAAUGAGUUUGACCCUAGAUCUCAAGGAGCCGGUGGAGCUUUAGAUUGGCGACAAAAAUUGGAUACUCAAAGAGGAGCAGUUGUCACGACUGAAAUGAAAAAUAAUAGUUGCAAAUUAGCACGUUGGGCAGUUCAAAGUAUUUUAGCUGGGGCUGACCAAAUGAAAUUGGGAUAUAUUUCUCGUGUUUCUCCAAAAGAUAAUACAAAACAUGCUAUUCUGGGUACUCAAAUUUAUAAACCACGUGACUUUGCCGCCCAAAUGAAUUUGUCAGUUUCAAAUGGGUGGGGAAUUGUUAGAACCGUCAUUGACUUAUGUAUGAAAUUACCAGAGGGUAAAUACGUACUAAUAAAAGAUCCUAACAAGCCGGUAAUUCGUUUAUAUGCUGUUCCCGCUAAUGCAUUUGAAGCUGAUGAUGAUUUAGCAUUGGAAGAUGGUGAAGAAAUAAAUGAGGAGGAAGAAGUUCAAAAAUAA